AGCAUGGAAUGAAAGGAAUCAAUUUUGCGUUUUUGCGGUCUGAGAUUUUUUCGGCCGUUCCGCCGCAGUUACCCCAACGACUUGCUUUUUCACCGUCGGUCUUGUCGCACCACCGAAUUUGCAUAAAAGUACGUCGGUGGUCGUGGUCUCGUUUUUACCUUUUUCCCGAUUUUCUUUUUCAUUUUUCUCCAUCCGUGUGAAAGUACUAUGCUUCCACGCAACACGAAAACAUCAAGAUGACCAUUCCGGUGUUGCUUGCCCGAGAGCAGGCAGAUGCAAGUUAUUGGCGUGCGAAAUUUGUCUUGCGAGCGUGGCGCGAUACGUUGGCCGUUGCCGGUCCGAGGUCCUCUUGUGGAAUUUCGGAGCCGCCGCUGGAAUUGUUCCGGAGUAAGGAGGCGAAUCCUGUUUCUGCUAGUUCCUCUUCUGCCGCUGUUGGUGCUGCAGCUGCUCCCGGGAACGUUUUUUUGGAUUUCCACGCAGGUCGACACAGGUAAAUGAAUAUGAUUGCGUCGUCAGCCUGCGGCUCAAGGUCAACCACACGUUUAGAGAGAAACCGAUUAAUGUGAGCAAAGGAAAAGGAAAAGUCUGCAGUGUUUUCGCAGUUUUCAUCUGGAAAGAAGGUCAAUGAUAUGAGGAGAAUGUGGAACGCAAGUAUUGAGAUUGACAUCGAAGGAGGCACCAAACAUCAAGAAUUGGAAAACCGUAUUAAAUCGUCGUUGCAGGUCCUCCAAUGUCGACGACCUACAGAGCAACCGGCCGACAAGUGCGCUGAGUCCUCCCUCCGCCGGGUAUAAUUUGCGAACGCCUACCCUGCUGUUCCGUCGGGAUACAACAUCACCGAGUAACAUCGAGGGAACAACGGGAGCGUCUCUGACCUGGAACAAUUUUUACGACCACUCUGCAGGUGGAGGAGGUCCUACCGCUUCGAGCGCCGGUGGUUCUGGCAAAGGCGUUUCAAAAAGAGCUUCCAGGUCGUGGGGCACAGCGGUAAGAACAUUCGAUGGAGCGAAUGCGAACCUAUCCCCACAGGAGGCGCACUCUUUUCAGACUGCCCCUCCUGUCGGUGCUGGGCGUAGUUCUGUCGCGAAAGAAGUUGUCGACGCUGGUCCUCCGGUUGUACUACCACUCGCGUCAAGUACACCGCUGAAAGAAGGAACGGCGAGUACCUGCGAUGCGAGUGAUCAUACAUGUGGGGCGUUGAAGGUACCAAAUUGCAGCCCCGAGGACCACGAGUCAACAGGGUCAGGCUCGGUUUCGGUUGGUGCAGCGCAAAGUCAACAACAGGAAGUGGAUCAACAAAAAGUCGCCCUCCAAUGUGACGAUGCCUCCGUGCAGACCGAACUCCCAGAGGAGGAGAGCGUCAUAUUAACCGUGGGGCCAGCGGGUCGUGGCGCGGGGUCGGGCAACGUAGAUGUUGUUGCUCGUCUAGAAGAUCGCGCAGCAGGUGGAAAUCAGGACCCUCACGAAGCAAAACAGCACGCUGCGCAGGCGAAUAAUGUUGUCGCCAACAAGUUGUUGCACCUUUGUUCGCGAGGGCCGCCGCAGCGGAGCAAAAAGAACUCCGGCACCUCGCCUAGGCAGCACGGAGUCUUCUGCUCUCCCCGCCUGGCGCAGGCGGCGAAACAAGACAGUCAGCAUGUGUUGACGCAGAAGCCCCUUGUGCGAACCGCGAGCACGCCCCCGCACAGCUUCCAUCGCAAAAACCGAGCGCUGAGCCCCUUCGCCGGCGCGGGCAGGCGACCGCUGUCCCCGUUUAGUACUACUGGGGCUCGCCGUGUUGAGGAAAAUGACGGAGGCGGAUCGCGUACUGCAGUCAUCGCAGGGCAGCUGCCAUCUAAUGAUUUUGUCUUUACCAAUCUGCCUACCGAUCCUACUUGCGAAAUUGCAGGUUCGUCGCUCAAUCUUGAAGAUCAAAAUCUGCGCUACAACAAUGUCUCGCCGGCGUCCUCCAAAAUGUUCUUGCGUAAAACGACUCCUGCAGGUGGAGGCGCCGUGACCCACCAGCGCGUGUCCCCUGGCGCGAGUUGCCGGGAGCAGCAGCGGCAGAAAUGGGACCUGUUGCAGAAAUUGGAACGUCGCGUGCCGGAACUGGAGGCUGAACUUUCGUACCGCAGCGAGGAGGUAGUGCGGCUGCGGAGGCAACUGGGCCGCAUGCUGAAGGAAAAGCAGAACUUGUACCAUACAGAAUAAAGGAGUUUGCGUGAUAUUAUUUUUUUCGCGAGCAGUGCUUUAUCACCUUCCUUUUGUCUUUGUUUUUUCUUUUUGUAAGAAGAUGAUAGACCAUUCAUCAUCCACGAAAGGAUUUUUCCUCACACUUACGCAAUGGCAUUCUCCCAAGUAGUGAGCCAGUUAUACAAUGAUCAAAACAGUUCGACCAUUCUGGAGGAGAAGGAGAGUCUGUGUGCCGAGCUGGGGCGCGUGUCCAAGGACCAGGAAACCCGCAUGACGCAGUUGGAAGAGCAUGUGGCUUUGUCCCAGCAGAAAGAGGCGGAGGCGGCCAAGCGACUCGACGAGUUAUGCAAGAGAAAUUGAACUGUGUAGGUGUAAGUCUGUAAACUGUAAGUAUAUGCAACACAGUUACAGCACUUGUCACGCUGGCCAGCCCUAGUGUCCUGUUUUCAUACACCUUUUCACGUACUUACUAGCUGUGCAUGACAGGAUUUCUCUGUCAUGCGGAGCAAAUUUGUCAUGCUUUUACCCCAAGACACCUAGACUACCACAGUUUUUUCAUCCUCGACUCGAGUACCGGAUCCAGUACUGCGAAGAGUCCCGGAUCCUGGUGUCUGCGCGGACGCCGCAGGAAAGCUGCCCCGCGGUUGCACAACAGCGCGGGACAUCAGCAUUAUCCCAAUCGUCACGCAACCCUUUAUUUUACCAGCCUGGUGCGUCGUCGUCGUCAUCGUCGUCGUCGUGUUUUCAUCUUGCAGCCCACGACCACCCUAACCAGCAGUACCAGCCCCUGCAGCAGCGGCGGGCUUCCUCAGUCGGCAGCGCACUGAACAGGAUCGAUACGCACGCCAGCAGUACGCCGGCGGCACAGAGUCAAGCGUCCAUGCGCCUGCAGCAGGACCGUACUUUUGUUGGAGCUUUUGUUCCUGAUGUGGGUUGCAUAUCAUUCAAAUAUAGAAAUCCUGUCAAAGUGUCGUGACUCCGUUUCGACUGGCAUCAUUUUUGUGGAUUCUUUCAACAUUAUUGUCGCGUCAGUACUAUGUAUCUCCAACUAGUAAUUCCCUCCUCUACUUCGCAGGUACCUCUGACCCCGACUGUGCCACCUCUUCGAUCCGCAGCUUAGGUAAUAGCGUCAGUGUCCUCGACCGGAGCUGCAGCAGAGUGUCGCCCCGCCGAACGAGAAGUCCGGCUCUGGGACAGCAGUACCGCCGCCACGAGCACAACAUCAAAACCAGCCAACAGAUCCUGUCUGCCCUGAAGUGGGCCAAAAGCGCGGCGGCCGGCUCUGGUAAAUCAUCUUCCUCCACCCGUUGUGCAAUUUUGAUGUCGAACGGCAAGAAACAGGGGACGGGCACCUCCGGUGGCAAUAGUACAAGCGGGGUCGUUACAAGUGCCCUUGUAGCUCCCCGGUCGCAACAAUUAUCUCCACGAGUAGAGGCUGCGGAUCUGCAGCGAAAUGGAGGCGAGCGAGAGCAAACGUUUAAUAUAUCUGAACGUGAACGACAAGCAGGAGUAGAUCAUGAAGAGCAGCAGCUGCUAGCCGGUCCUGAACAUGUUGGAGAGGCGGCUGCUGAGCGCGUUGUAUCCACCGCAGUGCCUGCUGCAAGACCUGUAGGACAAGUGGAGCAAGAUUGCGCCCGUGCCGUGGAAGAAGUCUCUCUACUUGCAGCUCCGAGAUUCCGCUGCGAGCAGAGCCCAUCGCCCGGUUUGAUGCUUUUCAGCAGUAGUCCCACGCAACAAGUAGACCUCACCGCCUCCAUGCCGCAGCUGGGAGGAAGUAGAACUGCUCAGCCUGUUCCCUUCCCAUCACCAGCGCUACGCGUGCGGCAGCACGUUGCCGGAGCGGGGCAUGAUCAGCAACAAGGUCUGUUCCAGCAGGCACUGCCCUACUUUAAUAUUUCAAAACCAAAAGCCAAUAAGAUUCUCGCAACAUCUACAUCAAACAGUAGAAGCUCGCCAAACAGCGCAAAUGGGAGUUUUGUUUUGGCCACAAAACCGUCGUCCUCCUCCUCUGCAAACACGACGCGGCCGACGUCUCCGUGUCAAACCGGCUUUCACAGCGCCAAGGUGCCCGCCCACUGCUCCCCACCCCCGACGUCGCGGAAGGGGGUCGUGUUAACCGCGCAGGUUGGGGUUGUGGGCGGUACCGGUGGGAGUGCUGGUAAAACCGCGAGCAAUUGCUCCCUUGCAGGACCAACAUCUGCUGUCUUGUCUCUGAGCACCGGUAGCUGCAACAUACAGACCACAAGAAGUACGAGCGUCUUCAUGCCUCUACAACUCCGUGGUAAAAACGCGGCGUCGCGUGCCGAACUUGGGGGGCCUCCGACCUUGCAGCCACAGGACGUGACUACCGGUAGGAAUUGUACGAGCCUGCAAGUAGAGCAGUCCGCUUCUCGCCAAGAACUACAGGCAGCCGUGACCAGUAACUGUAAAACUGUGCAAAAUAAACUUCAACCGCCGAACUUCAUUGCCAGCCAGAAGUUCCAACGACCAGGUAGCGGCUUUUCAUCUACGACGCAUCUUGGGAUCAACAGCUGUGCCUUUCUUGGGACUCGUGACGUUGAAAUGAAUACGUGAAGCCGAAAUUUUGCAUUUUUCAUUCUUGUCUCUGACUGUUUCGAUGCUGCUUAGAAUUCGGCAGCGACAGUGAUAAAACUUCGAAGGGAGCCGUAAAAGUGUUAUAUGCGAAGUGAUUACGCGCUGUACAAAGUGAAGCGCGAAUGAAUACAUGAAGAGACGACAUGCCGGGACGCUUUCCGUGAUCAGUAAAACUGGCAUGUAUUGUAGUACUCGUCAACCAACGUGCAUGUUCUAGUAUGGUUCGUCACCGCUUUCAUGGAUUUGACAUUUGCGCGUUGGUUUGUGUUUUCUUUUUUGUUGUUUUCUGGAAAUGGAUU